AUGGGCGCCAGCGGCUCCAAGUCGCGGGCUGGCUCCUUCGCCUCGCCGGCGGCGGGCGGCGGCGGCCCGGAGGCCCCGGCGGGCGAGCAGGCCCUGGCCCGGGCGCGGGCCGCGCGCGCCGCCACCCCCUUCGUGUUCACACGGCGCGGCUCCAUGUACUACGAUGAGGACGGGGAUCUUGCUCACGAGUUCUACGAGGAGACAAUCGUCACCAAGAACGGGAGGAAGCGCGCCAAGCUGAAGAGGAUCCACAAGAACCUGAUACCUCAGGGCAUAGUGAAACUAGAGCACCCUCGCAUUCACGUGGAUUUCCCGGUGAUCAUCUGCGAGGUGUGAGUCCCAGACAUCUCUGCCUGCGGGCGGGAGGCCCUGCCCCACCACCCCCAGCCUCGCCGGGCCAGGCUGCGCCGUGUUCCCACCCGAGGAGGACUCCGGGCGCACGGCAGGACGGUGGCUCUCCCCUCGCCCGGAGGUGAGGCAGGACGGAGCAGGCCCUCGCAGGAGAUGGGUGACCUUGUGCAACAACUGCUUAAAAACAUCCUCGCUUGAGUCAGAAGACUAAAAUACCUUUUGUAGCCUGUAGCCCACGUGUGAUGGGUAACUGGAACUGCAAACGAGCUGCUGUGUGUGAGCUGUUAAAGGGAGAGCGAGCCCACACUUCUCACCGUAGAGAACCCCCUGCUUCUCAGGUAUGCGGCCCAGGGAGGGCCAGGGCACAGUGACCCGCUGCCCGAGGCCUCUGGGGCCCGCAGGUUAGAUGGCCAGUGUUGCAGUGUGUCCCUUGACGUGGGUGUGAGGUGAUGCUCCCCUGGAUGGGUCCGUUGAUGGAGGAUGAACAGGGCAGGCUGAGGGGUCUUGAAGCACAUCUGGCUGGCUGUUGCAUUCCUCUUGGGAAGGGGAUGGAGAUCAGAUGCCUCUCUCCUGGACCUCAGUCUCUUCCCCCUGUGCGUUUCCCCGCUUAUGCUGGCUCUGGGAAGGUUGGCUUUGCUGCUGCCUGCUGGAGAUCUCUGCAGUCCAUAGCCACUGCUGGUGGCAGCAGGGUCCCAGCUCUGCAGCAGACUUGCCACCCCCAUUGGCACACUGCCUCCUGCUGAGCACCGUCCCUCAUCCGCUGCAGGGCCAGGCUGCCAGGCAGUGUCCUCACCCCCCGCUGCUGUUUGAAAGUACCUCCCUGGAGGGUGGGCCUUGACUGAGCCAAGCAGGAAAGGAAUCCUCUCUCUUCCUUCCCUGUCCCCCGAAACAAUCAAUUGGUGUACCUGCCCCGGCUUGGAAAUCUCCCUGGCGAUGUGAACUGUGGUUCCUCCCCAUCCCAGCUGGCGGCAGAAGGGAAGCGCGAUGCACUUUAAAGGGGGAAUUUCUACCCCGCCUUGGAAGGUCCUGCUCUUCUCUCUUCCCUCCUGCACGAGGUCUUGGUGGCACCGAAAAAGCUCUCACUCCUGUGUGUUGCCAGGUGUUGGGGGAAAGGCCUGACCCCAAAUGCCCCUCGCCAGCACAAGGAGUCCCUCCUCCCUGCUUGGCUAUGCCUGGACCGGGCAGGCAGAGGAGGACCGGCAGCAGGCACAGCUUUAAAGUGGGUCAGAGCCUGCUCCCCACAGCAGCCGGCUCGGCUUUCCUCCUCUUUCGUCCCAGAACUUAUUUACUUUCUAAGCACUUCAGACGUUUGCUACCUCGAUUUUUAAUUUAAGCUGCUGGCACUUGGCUGCCAGCCCCGUCAGUGUCUACGUUGGAUGUAUCCAUCGCCGCGUCCGUUGAGAGCCGCCCGGGCGUGGGGCCACAUUCCCGGCUUCGGGGAGAUAACGGCGGCGUGGCUGUUGCCGUCUUCCUGUCACCACCUCUUCCCUUCACGUCCCUCCACCCGCUGUUCCCAUCGGCAGGAGCGAGCACGCAGGGUGAAGUGGAUGUGCUGGCUGCCACCAAGCAGGAAAGUGGGAGGGCAGGGCUUGUCUACACUGUGAUGCUGGGCACUUCUCUCGACAUCUUUUGUUCUGCUUGCUUGAAAGAGUCUUGUCUUAAAACAAUCCCCCACUGAAGUGUUUCUUAUUCACACCACCUGCUCCUGAGUUUCUCCCAGGCUGGAGCUCCCUGGGCAGGGCAUCCCCUCAGGCUCUGCAGGAGAGCAGGAGCUGCUGUCCCCAGGAAGAGGAGAGAAAACCACGCACUGUCUGUGCCGCCUUGCCCCGCUGCUCUCUGAGGGCACAGGAAGCUGCACUUAACCCGCUAUGGGUACUGGGAAGGCGAAGGAGGAGUGGGGAGAGGGUCAGUGCUGUUUGCCUGUCCCAGUGGGGAACCCCUCACAGGGCUGUCAGCUGAAAAUCUGCUGGCAAGGCAGGGUUGAACACCAGGGGAGGGGGCAGAGACUAAGACUGGCUUAGCAAGGAUGCUUUUGUCCUUCCUGACAGGCUGCCCACCCUUCCCCCAGGGCAUUAAACAUGCUUCCCCAAAAAAACAGGCCUUCUCCCACCCCUCUACCCCUCUAGUGUCAUGGGAGUGGCAGCGAACCUCUGCAGGCUGCCAACAAACUGCAUCCUGCCCUGUUUCUUCCCAGGCUGGUCGCCACAGCAGCCAGCCCCCAGGCCCCUCCAGCCUUCCUGCAGCAGCAGGGCCUUGGGAGCACCUGGAGGGGUCUUAAAAAUGUGAAGGUCACUGUAAAUAGUAUUUGUGUCCACUGUGGUGUUGGAGCAAGCAAAAAAAAAAAAGGAAAGUUUUCCUUUUGAUUCUUUUUUUUUUUUUUAAUGAUUUCUGUGUGAUGUUGUGCUUUCCUGUGUGGAUGUGUAGCCGUACUCACUGACACUAGGCUCCUUGCUCCUCUAGCGUGUGGGUAGGACCCAUGGGUUUGGGAAAUGUACACUAUUUACGGUCCUUCCUCCCAGUGCAUCUGUCCACUUUUGUUAAAUUUCAAUAAAAUUAUUUGUAGAGCCUGCAA